UCCUCUCUCCCUCCCACGCCUUGAUUAGUCGGUGCUUACAAUCUACGCCGAGGAGGCGCAUCGAUCGGCGUCGAUUCCGUGUCUCUCCGACCGACGAUCAACGGUUCAAUUAGAGACAUCCGUUCAUGGAUUACUACAAGUAAAGAAAGAAGCCAAAACAUUCCUGUUUCUUCUUCUUCUUCAGACGCGCGAAAUAAUAGACAGAAGAAGAAGACGACGGUUUACAAUGGAACCUGCUGCUGGUCCUCUUCUUCUUCUAUGUCUUUCAUUCUUCUUCUCCGUUCUUUCUUCUUCUAGCGGCGACGGCACUACGACCUCAGUGGAAGUGAAUGGAGUCAUUGGUGUGGACAAUCCAGUUAUCACUUUAAUUCCAUCUUUUUCCGGCUCUAAAGUUGCUUGUGAGCGUGUACAUGUUGCUGGUGUAACACGGUUGAAACUUGGGAGUUAUUUCAAUGCUUACAAAGUUUCACUUGUUCCAUCUGUAACCAUUCCUGAGAAAUAUCAUAACAGGAUUCAGAUUUGCUUUCACAGGAAUUCUUCUCUUGGUUUAUGUCAAUGCGAUGAAUGGAAAACUGUUGAUAAGGGUCUUUGGAGUUCUUUCAUGUCACCAUAUGAUCAUAAAUAUUUGGAUCUUAAGUUUGAUGGUGAUAUUUAUGGCUCUGUAACUGCAACUGUUGAUGAAGAAUUUCAAAGAUGGCGCCUCUUUUGUCUUGCAUUUGGUAUCGUGCUGUUACUGGCAGCACCAAUAGUCAGCAGUUGGGUUCCAUUCUACUAUAGCAGUUCGAUGGCCAUUGGUGUACUGCUUGUCAUCUUAAUCCUUCUCUUUCAGGCAAUGAAGUUAUUACCAACUGGGAGAAAAAGUGCACUCUAUCUCACUUUAUAUGGAUCAGCGAUUGGAGCGGGGUCAUUUUUAUUACAUCAAUUCUCGUCCUUGGUCAAUUCAGUUCUUAUGAAUUUUGGUAUGACUGAAGAAAUGCACAAUCCUGUCUCUGUAUUUUUAUUUGUUGGGAUUCUCCUGGCCGGAGCUGCUCUAGGGUACUGGAUUGUCCGUAAAUUUGUUAUAUCAGAAGAUGGAACGGUGGAUGGUGGAGUAGUUCAGUUUGUGAAGUGGGCUAUGCGUAUUCUUGCUGCCACAUUUAUUCUUCAGAGCACAAUGGAUACUCUUUUGGCGGCUGAGGCUUUCGUUUUAUGUUACGCUCUGUGCCAUAUCAUCACUUCAUUCCCCUGGAACAAACCUGAAAAUGAAUACAGAACUUCCUACGGUUAUCAAGAGUAUUCUUCUGGUUAUGGAAAUCUCUGGAAUUUAAACAGAGACGGGGCAACUUAUCCUAAACAGAAACGUACUGAAUUCCUUAGCAGAUCGGCUAAUUUGAGCUCCAAAUGGACCACCCCAAAGAAGUCAGGAGGGCGGUUUGAAACUCCCAUUAAAGCAAUUACUGAUUCGAGAUCGCCAUAUAGUAGUGGUGGUGGCAGAAAAGGCGUAGAUCUUCAGCGAAGUUACUUUUCAACAUUUCACAAGACACCUGACAGGAAGAAGUUCACCAAGAAAGAAUGGGAAGAGUUCACAAGGGAAUCGACCCAACAAGCUGUGAAUGAAUUGACGGCUUCUCCAGCUUUUACUGAUUGGGUUAUCAAGAACGCCGAUAGGAUAAAGCUAGAACGAGAGGACACAUCUGAAUCAACAGCAGGAAGCGAGUCUGGCUCAACGGAAGAAAAUGUGGUUGAAAGGGAAAUGAACGAUCGAUUCAGUUUAUUCAACUGGAGAUAGAGACAUUGUAAUUCAUUUAAUACUUUAGAGCUAAUUAGAUGUUUAGGAAGUUGUAUAAUCCAAUCCUUCUAACAGUUCAAACCUAAUUUGCUGCAUAUUGGCAAUUUUGUAU